ACCAUGUUAAAACUCCCCUCCCCGACCUCCUCCAUCCCGUUGUGGGGCGGGGCGGGGGGCGGGCGGUUGUGGGUGUCCAAGGAGACGGAGCGCACGCCGAGCCCGCCUCCUCCCCGCCGGGCCGCCGCCGCCAUGAUGAUGCUGGGCCGCGGGCUGGACGCCAGGGACAAUCAAACGAGACAAAUACAAGAUGCUGUUUCAAAUGUGGAAAAACAUUUUGGAGAAUUGUGCCAAAUAUUUGCUGGAUAUGUACGUAAAACUGCCAGACUACGAGACAAAGCAGAUCUUCUAGUAAAUGAAAUAUAUGCAUAUGCAGCCACAGAGACACCAAACUUAAAAGUUGGACUGAAAAACUUUGCAGAUGAAUUUUCCAGACUUCAGGAUUAUCGCCAGGCAGAGGUUGACAGGCUUGAAGCCAAAGUUGUUGAACCUCUGAAAAGUUACGGCACUAUAGUGAAACUGAAAAGGGAUGAUCUUAAAGCAACUUUAACAGCAAAGAAUCGAGAAGCCAAGCAGUUAUCUCAGCUGGAAAAGACACGUCAGCGGAAUCCAUCAGAUCGACACAUUAUUUCACAGGCCGAAAGUGAACUGCAGAGAGCUUCACUGGAUGCAACACGAACAACCCGGCAGCUAGAGGAAACUAUUGAUAAUUUUGAGAAGCAGAAAAUAAAGGACAUAAAAAACAUAUUUUCUGAAUUUAUAACUAUUGAAAUGUUAUUCCAUGGGAAAGCUUUAGAGAUUUAUACUGCUGCCUACCAAAAUAUCCAAAAUAUUGAUGAAAACGAAGAUUUAGAGGUUUUUCGGAGUUCACUUUAUCCACCAGACUAUCAGUCUCGCUUAGACAUCGUUCGUGCAAAUUCAAAGUCCCCCCUGCAAAGAACUGGCUCCUUAAAAUCUUCACUGAAGACAGUACAGUCAGAGUUUCCAGAUCCCACUGUGGAUUCCCUACUGCAUCCUGAUUCAGAUUAGUGAUACCUCCUAGCAGCAAAGUAAAACUAAGACCAACACUCCGAAGCUUCAGAGCAGAUGAGGUAAAGGAAGAUGAUAGAAAUUAGUGAAAAGCUGGACCAAGUGUCACUGCUUCUGCACUGCUACCUUGCAAAAAAUCUUUUACUGUUGUUUGCAGCGCUGAGCUUGUAGAUAUUGUCACUAAAUAACUAAUUUUUUUUAUUGCUAAAUUGGUUCUUAGUAGUGUUUCAGUUAUGGACAUGGCCAAAUUUAAAAUGUCCGCAUCCCACUCUUUGGAUAGCCAUGCACUGGUAGUGUAACACUGGAAAGCUUUCGUAAUUGCAUACUCUGCAUUACUCCUUCCCUGCUCUCAAAACUUAAAGUUACAGUUGAGUUACUCUUGUUGAUGAAAGUGGGAGUUGUGCCAUCUGAAAAGAUGAAAGAAAGCCGUAUUCCAGGGCAUGAUGACCAACUUUAAAUAGGCUGCCCUUUUUCAAACAAGCAAAUUUCAGGUUCAGGUUAUUUCAGAAAUUACGGUUAAAUGGUUAAAUUCCUUUUUGAAGACCAGAGAAAGCCAUCAAAAAUCCAAGCCACAAUCCUCGAGAAUUCCCUGCAAUGCCAUAAAACUUCAUCAAUGUUACAGAAGUAUUUGUAACUUCAGAUGGAACAGCUAUAUGUUUGAACUGUAUUGAGAAAAACCAGAAAUCAGAACAUUUAGAUGGUCAGAGAUGGCACAGACUCUGUUUUGACCAACUUGCAAGUUUACCUUUUCUCCCCAACCUCUCCUUUGGCUAUGUGUUUUAGCUUUUAAUGUUCUCUUAUUAUUCUUAUAUCUGAGAGGAAUAGAAAAUCACUUCAACACAGAAGGUAAAAUAAAGCUAUCAUAAUCUUACGCAAUGUAUUCAGAGAGGAGGAUCACAGCCAAAAAAAACAAUUGGAAUGGAAUACGUUACUUAGCGCAGUCACUAGAGAGCAGUAAAGAGCCGCAGACACCCUGUUCAGUACCCUCCAACUACACUGCUCUUUUCCAUUCUGCAAAUACUGUUUGCAUCAGCUCUUUGAAUUGCACUAGGGGCUACAGUCUCUUAAAACCACCAGACACCUCACUAGCCAAACGUGCUCCUUUCAGGAACACCUUCAGGUGACUGGCGUGGUCUUUCUGUAGAUUUUUCUCUCCUAAAGUUUUCACAACUGUUUGAUUUCACGCAUCACAGUCAUCUUUGACUGACCACAAGUCUGGAAUUUACGAUUCAAAGUAAUAUAAAUAGCACUAGUUUGCAGAACAACACAGACUAAUGCUGUACUGAAGGGAAAAGAAGGCACUGCAUAUCAGGUGGGAUGAACAGUGCCUAUAGUAAUACAGAAUUUGUUUUGCAAAGAGGAUAGCUCAUAGCAUCCUAGAAUUAAUUUCUGGUUCUGCAACUGGUUUUCUGUGGUUAUUUCAACACUGAAAAUCAGAAGUGAUCCUUAAACAUAUAGCUAGAUGUGAUAGCCACUCUGUGGGCAGCAGAAUAUUUUAACCACUGUUACAAGUGUACACAGCAAGGUGAUUAACACUGUGUGUGACUAGCAAGGAGAAAAAGCCAUCAUUAGCAGGAAGAGGAAAGCAGAAGCUUUUACUCAGAAAUGAAAUUUGAGCUCUCUUCCUUCUAGAGCAUCUACAUUUCUUAAGACUUAAUUUUCCAAGGUUUUGUUUGUGGUUUUUUUUUAACCUAUUGAAAUGAAGCUACCUUAAGAGGCUCGAUUUGCAGCACUCCUUUAUCUCCAAUUUCCUCUUUCACAGAAUCAAAGAAAGCUAUUUUAGGCAUUUAGAACAAAGUCUGAUCUAAUGAUUAACUCAAAUUUCCUGUUACAUUCAGAAAUUUGGAACUGAGUAUUUGUGUAAACCUAGAUGGUGUAUUUUGUGAGCAUCAACACAACUGAGGAAUUUUCUGCUUUCAUUAGUUUGAUAGUUUAUGCACACACAAAAAGCUUCUGGUAGAUAAACAGCUGUAUGAAAUUUCAGAAGUCACAAUUUAACAACCAGCUUUUAAAAUGGAGUGUUGGGAGGAAAAAAAGGAAGUUUUGUCUUCAGUACUGAAGUUUGUAAGUUUAUAUAUACAACUGUGUGUGAGAAAACUAAGAAAGCAUUAGAGCAGCAGCUGCCCUCAGAAGUGCUGAAUCUAGAAUCAUUGUUCAGAAACAUUCCAGAUGACACAAACAGGUAGACAACCAUCUUCAUUGAGUUCAGUGUUUCUUUUCUUGGAGGACGGGGGGAACAAACAUCUGCAUUCUACCUUAAAUUUCAUGUACUCCAUAUUUUGAGCAGAAUCUCUGAGGAAUGAGAUUGAACUCUCAUUAGAAAAAAAUAAUGUGUAAUGGCAGAAUCUUAAAUAAUUCUGAUGGUCAAGCACUGGGAAAAACAUUCAUGUGUGAAUCAAGACUUCUAGUAAAGUGUCUAACUUGUCAGAAACAUCAUAGAGCAGCACAGUUCUGAGUUUCUCAGCUGAAUGAAAAGGUUUGAUGUCUUCAAGAUAAGAUUACUCCCUAACACUCACCUUCAGCCUGCUAUCUAGGCCGCCAGCCUAGCAAAGAAUUGACUUAAAAAUCAGCAGCAUUUAAUAUUAAUUCAAUCAAACAAUCAUUUUCCUUAUCAUAUCAGAAGUCCUCCAGACAAUGGGAAUGUUAAGCUUUUAAGACCAAUAUGCUAUAUUUCUAUUUUGUACCUGUUCUCUUUAUGUUGGCAUUGUGCAUUUUCAUAGAAUCACAGAAUCACAAGGUUGGAAAGAACCUAUAAGAUCAUCUAGUCCAACUGUCCUCCCUUUACAGAAAUCCC